AUGCGGCUUGACCACUCCAACGAUAGAACCCAGCAGAGACCAUCCACCAACGGCUCAUCCCAGAACGGCUCCUCUCCUCGAACGAAUGGCUCCGUCAAGAGCGAGACGAACGGCUACCACACGAAUGGUCACACAGAGGAGACGGUAGCGACGCGGAGUAAGGAGCCGUUUUAUGGUCAUGAUAGAGAAGAGGUGACGCGAAUACUGUUGCAGAGUCUGAGUGAUCUUGGCUAUCGAGGCGCAGCGGAGAAGCUGUCGAGAGAAAGUGGCUAUGAGCUGGAGAUACCUUCGGUAGCAGCGUUCAGGAACGCCGUAUUGAGUGGCGAGUGGGACGAGGCCGAAUCGUUAUUGUUCGGUCAAAGUUCAGACGAGCUGGACGGGGGAGGAGUUGCACUAGAAAAUGGUCACACGAGCAGCACGUCAAGGCGGAAAAGUGGUGGUGGUAGCCUUUCUCUCGGCAGUCAAAAUGGGUUCGCCAGGAAUGGGCUGCCUUUCGCGGAGGGUGUCGACACCACAUACCUGAGGUUCCACCUACGGCAACAGAAAUUUCUCGAGCUGCUGGAACAGCGGGACUUGAAUGCAGCACUGAAUGUGCUAAGGAAUGAGUUGACACCCCUCAAGACCGACGUUGCGCGACUUCAUUUCUUGUCGAGUCUAGUGAUGUGCCACUCGGCAUCUGAUCUUCGCAACCAAGCCGGCUGGGACGGCGUAAAUGGACAAAGUCGAGAAGUCCUCCUCUCGGAGAUCUCGAAAUCGAUAUCACCCUCAGUCAUGAUCCCCGAACAUCGCCUGGCAACUCUCCUAUCCUCGGUGCAAGAGGAACAGAUACUCAACUGCCGAUACCACAACACGAUCGCCAACCCAAGCUUGUACACGGAUCACGAAUGCUCGCCCGACGAUUUCCCACUACACCAACAGCUUGAACUGCGGAAUCAUUCUGAUGAGGUGUGGUUCCUUGAGUUCAGCCACGAUGGUACGAUGCUUGCCACCGCUGGCAAAGACGGCUUAGUCUGUGUAUACGACACUGUCCGAUGGCGGCUAAAGCAUGAGUUCCGCGAGCAUGAACGCCAUCCUGACCCGAGGUCUAGCGGCUCUGGUGAUAUGCGUGGUGUUUGCUACAUUGCAUUCUCACCUGACGAUCAAUACCUGAUUUCGUGCAGCCAAGAUACUACUCUGGUUGUGGUCAGCGUACGAACAGGGCAACGUGUUGCUCUCGCGGAUCAUUUUGACUACCCAGUCACGACUGCAGCUUGGCUACCCGACUCUGAGACAUUCGUAGUCGGCACACAGGGCUCAAGGAGACCGCUUGGCUUGUACUCGCUCCGAGGAUCGAGCUCGAGCAGCAACAGCGGCAUUGUGAAAAAUAACGAAAUUCACUCAUGGCGUGAGCCUCCUUGGGAUCCAUCCCUGAAAGACAAUCAGCCCAGUAGCUUCCGCAUAACCGAUUGUGCAGUGAACAAGGAAGGCACACUGAUGGCAGCAACAACUAUCGACAACAGGAUCAUGCAAUUCUCCCUCGGCCAUAACAUGAGAUACUGCAAAGUGUCCGAAUGGCAGAUGGAGGACAAGCUGACCUCUAUCAACUUCUCCGACGACGGCGACCACAUACUCAUUAACAUGAAUGAAGGGCGAGUACUUGCCUUGGACUCUGGGAAUGGAGAAAUGGCAUGCAGCUACAAAGGCGCGGUCCAGAAAGAGUUCGUGAUAAGAAGUGCGUUCGGCGGUGCUGGUCAGAAUUUCGUCAUUUCCGGGAGUGAAGAUUCGAGAGUCUACAUCUGGCGACGGCAGACUGGAGGCCUCGUCGUAGCAUUAGACGCACACCAUCCGGGUACUGUCAAUGCAGUAGCCUGGCAUCCGACGAACCCAGGCAUAUUCGCGAGUGCUGGCGAUGAUCGGAGAAUGGUCAUCAGUAUCGGCAAGAAGAAGACCAACAGCAUCAGAAGCAUGGUCCGGAGCAACAAGGCCUUCAAGCGGAGGCGAAGGGCGGUACUACUCUUUGGGCGCACGGUAGCAUUGACCGCGGGUAUGUUGAUUUUCGACUACACUGAUUGUUCACACAGGACCGAUAUCAUGCCUUCGGUUCCGCAAUGGUCAACAUCGCCGGCUGCUACACGGCUCCGCGGCCACGACUUCAAUAUGACGUACAGAGAUCAGGUUCAUGCGCGUUCGUCCACAGAUUCACAUCUCCAACACCAUCAAGCUUACUCAUACAUCAUCCUUGGGAACCUCAUCGCCAAGCUGCAGCAUUACCUAGCUGUAAGCCAUUCUCGCCAAGUCAUUACCAUCACCAUGACCGACGUCGACAUUCCUACGGACGAACCCCAACGAGUAUCUCCCUGGCGCAUCGCUUUAAAGUCCUUCAGCUCCCAAUGGAUCCUCGUCCCCCAAGGCACAGGCAUCCUCUCCGUCAUCCUACACCAACUUCACUACCGCGGCGAAUGGCUUACGCGGAUAUCGCAAGUCUUCUGGGUCCUGACUAUUGUCCUCUUGGUCGGCUUCUUACUCACGUAUCUCACGCGAUGUCUCCUGUUUCCGAAAGAGGUGGCCAGAGCGUUAAGGAGGGAUCUCCAGGAGACGGUGUGUUUGAGUAGUAUUAGCAUUACUUUCACGACGGUUAUUCAGAUGAUUGCGCUGAAUUUGACGACUGAUUGGGGGAGAGGAUGGGGUAUGGCGGCUUAUGUCCUCUGGUGGAUAAAUGCGGCGAUGGCGACUGUGGCGUGUCUUGGGACGCCGUAUGUUUUCACUAAACUCGAGGCGACGAGUGUGGAUCUUGUGCCGCCGGGGAUGCUGCUCCCGUUGAUUGCUGCGUUGACUGCGGCGGCGGGGGGCGGCGUGGUGUGUCGGUAUGGAGAGGUGGGAGCGGAUUUGGAGGUUCCGGUUAUUGUUGUUAGUUAUUUGUUUGUUGGGCUUGCGUUGCCGAUGAGUGUUGUUGUGGAUGCGGUGUUUUGGGUCAGGUUGAUGGAUGGGAAGUUUCCCGUCAAGGAGAAAGAGUUUCAGUUGAUGAUUUUGUGUGGGCCGUUGGGGCAAGGCAGUUUUGCGCUCCUGAUAUUGGGCCAGUGUGUGCAGAGGGGUGCGUUUGCGACGGAUAAUGCAAGUCCCUUCCUGGGUGCUAGUGGUGGAGCGACGAUUGCGACUGCUAGCCAGUUUCUGGGGCUGCUUACUUGGGGCUACGGAAUCUUCUGGUGGGCGUUCGCUUGCAUUGCCGUCUUGCACUUCCUCAUCGCUGCGCCGAGGGAGCUGCUGCAGAUGUCGAGGACGCUGGCUGCGUGGAGUAUGGUCUUUCCGUGGGGAGUGUUCACCAAUGGAGCGAUUGAGCUUGGGGUCAUCCUUAACUCGAGGGCGUUCUGGGUUGUGUCUACGAUCCUGACCAUAAUCUUGGUCAUUCUCUGGGUCGUCAAUGCUGGCGCCACGGUUGUCGGUGUGCUCGGUGGAACUCUGCUGAGCUUGGAUGGUGGAUGGAAGGCACAGUAUGUUGAGAAGAAGGAGCGGAGCAGUGAUAGUGGUGGGAGUGAUGAUGGGCGGCGGAAUGGAUACGUGCAGACCAAUGGUUCCGACUCGAAUGGUCUUCGAAAUCGGCAACAGUAG